UGCCUCGUUUCUCUCCAGCCUCUAUAUCCACCAUCCAUCCUCUUCAUCUCUCAAAUUUUUAAUUUUCUUAUCUUCCGUCCCCACUUCCAUCCCUCUACUCUCUCAAGUACGGAGUAUAUACCAACUCACCUCCAACACCAUCUGUCCAAAGUGAAACCAUCCAUCCGUCCCCAUUAGCAUGGUUGCAAGGAACACUGGAUGCUGUCCCAGCGAGACUUCUUCUUCGUCAUUAUCACGGGACGCCAUCAUUGUGGCUGAUUUUCUAGCAAAAUUCUACCUGUUUUCCGACAUCUUGGCUUGAAGUGGGUUGGGGGGAUCCACUGAAGGGUUGGCACCGUUCAAGUGGAUUUGGCUGCUGAUUUUGGGGCUGGUAGUAAGGUAUAGGUAUUGCCCAGCAUGGCAGUGACCAGCGGGCGUGACAUAGGUAAGUUUAGGGUUAAAUAGGAUUAAAACAUAAUCACUUUCUCAAAAUAGGACCAUAUAUAUAUUUUUUCCAAUGUAGGACCAUUGAUCAUUAUCUAUUAGUGUUAUUAUUCAACUAAAUGUCCAACAUCAAUUGGACAUUAUUAAGUCCUAUUUAGGAAAUAAAAAAAUUUAAGUCCUAUAUUGAGAAAUGACUUAUGUUUUAGUCCUAUUUGGUGGAAAUUUCACUAAGGGUAUUUAAGUUUACUAUUGGGUAUACUGAAUGUUUGAGCACGGCGGUUUACGGAUCGCCGUUGGGUUUAGUUAGGCCGCUAUUUAUUAGGAUGACAUAUUAGACUGUUAUGAACUGAUUUAAAUACCCCCGUUCCAAAUUAAAUUGUCCGUCAUAGUUUAUUUACUUUCUUUCCUUAAUUCCCUUAGUCAUUUAAUAAAAUAGCAUAAUCAUGGAUCUAUUAGUUUCGUAGAUCCUUAGAUUUAGUUUUUAAAUAUGUAAUAUUUAUUUUUAUUUUACACCAAUUUUCAUAUAAAAUAAUUUGAAAAUAAUUUCAGUCAAACAUCGUACACCAAAACCAACGAAUAUGGGAAAGUUAAUGCAAGUAUUUCUGAGCAUCAUGGCAUCACGUAUGUCUUUGACUUACGCUUGUGCAUCAAAGAAGCACGUCGGAAAGUUGGGAGCUCGUCGCUCGUACGUCUUUAACUUGCAUUCUCAUGUGCCGACUAACAGGGAUAUUCUUGUUGUUAUAUCUUGUCCGGGUUCUGGUCCUAGUUAUGCAGACCAAGUGCUCACUCGGAGGAAUGCUGGAGAAGUUUAUGCUCGGGAAUGUACUUUUAACGAUAUUGAGGGGAACCGAAUCCUUGUAAUCUAUCAAAAGGAAGAAAUACCAGAGUUUGGAGCAACACUAAAAGAAGGAAAGUUAUAUCGAAUAAGUAAUCCUGCAGUUCUAUCAAAUAACAAGCCUCGCAUUGUUUCAAAUAAAUUUAAACUGUCACUUGGAAAAAAGAUAACCAUUACUGAAAUUUUGGAUGAGCAAUUCCCUAAGCCUUUAUCUGGUUUCACGCUAUUUGAGGAAAUAAAUACCCUGGAAAAUUUUAAAAAUGCUUCAAUGUUUUGUAAUAAGUUUGCUCAUUUUCUCAUGGCAUUAUAUUCAUCAUUUUUGUGUCCAUUUCGGUUUCAGUAAUAAUAUAUUCUAAUUUUACUUUAACAGAUGUAAUUCGUGCGUUGUAUGAUAAUGACCCAGCAAUCACCAAACCAAUUAAUGGUAGAGAAAUUCUCAUUAUGGACAUUAGCUUAGAGUAUUUAGAGGGGACAAGACUUCCAUGCACUUUGUGGGGAUGUAUUAAGGCUUCCACCUACUACGAUGUUUCUAAGAUGAUCCUUGAUGAAAACAUUCCAGAUAUUGACACAUUCGGAGAUAAAUAUGUUACCACAAGGAGUAUUUCAAGUGAGGCUCUAUCACUAAUUGUCUCUACAUGCACUGUUCAAAGUUCUCCAAUGACUAUCAAGAUGAAGACAAUAGAAGAAGUAAUUGAAAGGAAAGAGCCUGGUCGGGUUUGGAUUGCAUGCUCUAUUGCUUGUGUAGAAAACUCUGGGUCUUGGUUUUACACAUCUUGCAAGGGUUGUCCUAGGAAAAAAUUGCAGAAGGACAGCUUAAAUUGUUGUAGUGUCUGUAAAAGCCAAUGGUGUGGUUUUGAGGUAUUGUUUAAAAGACCAUGUUGUGGAUGACACUGGGAAUCUAUUGUUGGUAUUAUGGGAUAAGCAUUGCAUAAGGAUUCUUGGAAAGAACGCAGAAGAGCUUUUUAAAAAUUCAGUAAGCUUUUGAUUUCAUAGUUAUAAAAGCUCAGAAUUAGGUUGUUUCAAAUUCAUUCUAUUCAUGUAGGAAAAAGAAGGGGAGUUGCCAUUUGAAAUUGAAGAACUUAUGGAGAGGAAAAUGAUGUUUGAAAUUGAAGUUUCAAAAUUCCAUGAUUCACUCUAUGAAGAUAGUUUUAGUGUGUCCCAAGGUUCUACUGACAUUGCUUUUAUUGAUAAGCACUCUAAUAACACCCCAUCUACUCAAGAGUUAGUAUACAAACCAAAAACUAAGAGGGCAGAGAUUGAGGUGAUAGAGAUUGUUGAACAUCUACAAGAUAAGGUUGAAACAAGCAUGCACAGAGACCUAGUUUUUUGAUUUUGAUAUCCAAGAAGCAUUGGGGUGGGAUGAAAAAAACAAAGUAAAGGGAGAUCUUUUGAUUGAUUUUGAAACUCAAUUUGAAAAGGCUCAACAAAAACAGUCAAAGUUGAAAAGGAUUGAAAGCUAUCUUUUGGAGAUAUGUCUGCCCACAAUAGUCAUCAUUUUCCACUUUUAGAGUCUCUGUCUAUCAUGAGUGUAUUAAAUAAUGACCUAAAUAGGACUAAAACAUAAUGACUUUCUCAAUAUAGGAUCAUUUGUAUUUAUUUCUCAAUGUAGGACUAUUGGUCAUUAUUUAUUAGUCAUUAUUCAACUAAAUGUCCAGUAUCUCUUGAAAAUUAUUUUUCUCACUAGUCAUUAUUAUGUCAUACUCUCUCCGUCCCAGAGUAUUUGUCUACUU